CGGGAGCCGCAGGGCCUGGCGGAGAAAUCAUCAGUACAGACCAUCGGUGAAGAGCAAGUACAAAAUCCUUACACUGAACUCCUUGUGUUGAAAGGUCAUCAAGAUAUAGUACGUUUUCUUGUACAAAUAGAUGAUUACAGGUUUGCAUCUGCAGGAGAUGACGGAAUCAUUUUUCUGUGGAAUGCUCAGAGUGGAGAGAAACUUUUUGAACUUCAUGGUCACACACACAAGAUUACAGCUAUAGCACCGUUUUUUUCAUCAGAUGCUUCUGACGAAAACAGUCAUUUGAUUUUAACAGCGUCAGCUGAUAGAACAGUUAUUGUUUGGGACUGCACUACUGGCAGACAGGUGCAAAAAGUGUCAUGUUUCCAUUCUACUGUAAAGUGUUUGACAGUCCUUCAAAGACUGGAUGUAUGGUUGUCUGGAGGGAGUGAUCUAUGUGUUUGGAACCGAAAAUUAGAUCUCUUGUGUAAGACCAGUCAUCUUACUGAUGCAGGGAUUAGUGCUUUGGUUGAAUUGCCUAAAAAUUGUGUUGCGGCUGCUGUUGGCAAAGAGCUAAUCAUUUUUAGGUUGAUUGGUUCCAGUGAUAAGUCCAAAGAUUGGAAUAUCCUUGAAGUAAAACGCCUUGUCGAUCAUCAGGAUAACAUCUUGUCAUUGGUCAGUAUCAAUGGUAAGUGGGGUUUUGGUGGAAUAUUUCAACUGCACGCUUCUUGUUGGGAACAAACUUGUAACUGGACUUUUUUUUUUUCUCCUACAGGGUUCUUCAACAUGUGGGGAUUUGGAAGGGCAAACAAGCAGGCAAACCAAGCUAAGAAGGUGCAGGAGAAUACACCUAUGCAUUUUUUGGAGCUGGUUGGUGAUCUGAUUGGUCAUUCAUCAGCUGUACAGAUGUUCCUGUACUUCAGUGAACUGGGUCUGGUUACAUGCUCUGCUGACCAUCUCAUUAUUCUGUGGAAGGAUGGUGAACGAGAAUCUAGACUCCGCAGUUUAACGUUAUUCCAGAAACUGGCACAAAAUGGUGAUUUGCAAUCAAAAUUUUAAAUUGCUUGAAUACAGGCUAAAUAUGCAUAACUGGAUAUACAUUACAUGUGAAUGUGAAGGGAAGUCUGCAGUUUUACUGUGGGUUAACCUACACUGGAGUUGAUAGUACACCACUAUGAUGUCUAGCAUGAAGUGUGAUUGAUUCAAGUUAGUCAUUACAUAGUGUACUCAUUGAAUUCAUUUGUCUGUCAUGAAGGUGCUGUCCUUACUGGGGAUUUUCAUGAUGUAAAAAUAUUUUCAUAACCAGUAGUAAUUGAUCUGUUCUGCCAGCUGAGCACUGAGUUCUUGAAUAAAAUUUGACUGCAAAGAAACUUACACUAUGUGUGUAAGCCCAAAUAGUAUUUUAGAGUUAAAAAAAAAACUUAAAGCCUCCAAACACACAGUGCCUUUUUCAAGUCUGGGAAAGAAGCAGUAAUCUACAAAGCUGAGCAGAUUUAACAACAAACAUAAUUAAAAAAAGAAAAGCGCUGGGGAAAAAAACAACCAACCAACCAAAAACUCUCCAGUCCCCCAAAACCCUCCACUAAGUUAAAUUCAGAACAGUUAUUUAUAAUCAUCGUGAGAUGGGGAAUAGAGGAAGGAAUUAUCAAAAUCAUGAGAAAGUCAGUGGGAAGGAGGAUGGAUUACCAUCCUUCUACUGUUUCUUCUGGAACAGAGAGGACCUAGGGUCAAGAAGACUUGAGGAAUUUAAAAUAGGGCUCCACUGUCCUCAGUUCUGCUCCUCAGACCCAGUGCUUAAAAUAGCUCAGGAUAAGUCUUCUGGAACUUUCCAAUACCAUCGCUUCCUUUUGAAUCAGUGAGUUAACUGUUCUCAGUACUGUAGACUCCAGUGGUUUAAUUCCAGAUUUAAAGUCCAGCAGCUGCAGUAUAUGUAAUUAAAACAAAGAGCUAAGUGGAUCCCAACGAGAGCAAAAGCAAAAGGAAGCAUUCCCAACUUUCUAGGAGGAACUAAAGAAACAUUGAUUUGCUUCCCCCAGCUCACAUGGUUACAUGCAUUUCCCGUAGCACCGAAAAGACAAACGUUGCCUCUUGAGUCUGAACAUAAUUAUCCCUGGAAGGGGAGGCAGAGAACAAUAACAUUUUAGGCUGUAUUUUUCCCUGCUUUUGUGAGUCUGUUGAAUUUGGAAUCCCAAAUGGCAUUAAAAAAAAACAAACAAAAAAGAAAAUGGAGAAAUUGUUAAGUAAUGUUUCCUUUUAUAUUCAGGAAGGUGAAGUCAGCUUUAAAUCUUGAACUGCAUGUUUUUUUCUCGAGAUGGCUAUCCUAUGAUAGGGAAAGAGACUGGAUUACAGAUGGUUAUAGCAUGCCUUUGGGUAUGUGUUACUACACAUGUGAGGAUGAAAGCACGUUAACCUCAUCUGCUCAUUAGUCUCUAUCUAAUGCACUGUUUCAGAUAGUGUUCACCAGCAAGUGUUGCACUCUUGCAACUGAGGUACAAAGUGGGAGAGGAAGUUCCUCUUUGGCUCUUUUUCCCCUGUGUGCCCAGGCAGCCCAGAGGGCCAACUGCACCCUGGAGAGCACCAGGCCCAGCAUUGCCAAUAGGUGAAGGGAGGUGUUGUGCCACUCUGCUCUAUGCUGUGCGGCCUCACCUCCUGCACUGGGUGCCAUUGGGGUGACACGAGAUAAAGAGAGUGUCCAAACUGCAAAGCUGGUGAAAGGUCAGGAGAGCAGCGGGCGUUUCAGUGUUACUAUGAUUCCUUUUUAAGUUUUUUUUUCCAGAUCUCAGUAAAGCAGAAUUCUGUAUGUUCUUGUGAAAGUAAAUGUCAGAAGUAGCCUUAAUAUCUGUACAGAGAAAAGAGGCAAUUUAAGCUUCUUAUAUAUGUACUGAUAACAGUAUGAAGCAACAGACUUUAGUCACUGGACAGGUAGGAGUCUGACAAAAGUGGUACAUAAAAAUUAAUUCAUGCUUAUUUCUUCUACUCUUAAAGAGGACAUUACUUCACAUCAAUUACUUUUUUACUUUGGGUAAAAGAAAUACACAGCAUCUUGCAACAAGUAUUUCACAUUAAUGCUUUAACUCAGGUACUGAGGCUGAACUUUAUUUCUUACGUCCCUUCUACCAUUGACAUUCCUCUUUGUGUGACAGAGCUGUGACAAUACUGAAUUGAAAUGUUUUACAUGGCUAUGAUCUUACAUUUACGCAGUAUGAUCUUACAGUUU